CACCUGCCCCGCUCUGCCCACCACGGGGCUCCUACCCCUCAGACCUCUGCCUGCAGGCACCUCUGGCUGCCACUGGACCCGGUGUGAGCAGGUGGGCCUGUGCUCCAAGGGGCAGUGGGGGCUCGUCACCAUUGCUUCCUGCUUCUCUGGUGGAACUUCCGAGUCCCUCACGGAGCUGGGGCAGGGGCCCAGGGUCCUCUGUACCUGAGGGGAAAGGAGGGGCCAGGGAAAGCCCCUCCCCAAACCUUGACCCCCAAGCUAGAUGGUGCGGAGGCCUGGAGACCCUGCUCAGGGUCCCCACAAGCUGCAGAGGCCUGGUGCUGGGGUCAUGGUCCUCCAGGCCAGGUAACAAGGUGUGCUGGCCUGGCGUGGGGGCCUCUGACCCUUCAUGUUUCGCUAGAGGCCUUGAGAUCUGGUGGUGACCUGAAUUUGGGGGGAUGGCCAGGAACUGGUGAGGCUGGUGGUGGGGUGCUCCAUGGCUGUCCAGAGCUGGGGACCGGUAUCUUGUGAACACUGCAGCCCACUGAGGCCCACCCCCCCCAAGGGGAGAACAGCCCCCAGGGAGCCCCGGGUAACACAGCACAGUGGCUGGCGACCACUCCUGGCCUCCCUGCCCAGAACACAGAGCCACUGUCCAGCCAGACCCCGCGCCCUGAAUGGGAGAUGCUCCUGCUUCAUGUCCUCCCAGACCGGGCAGGCCUGGCCAGCCGACCCCCGGCCCUGGAGGGCCAGGAGAGCCAUGUAGGAAUGGGACUGAGCGGCAAGGGUCUUGGGGCCAAUCCUGAAGACAAGACUGGGAGAAAGUGGACUUGCGGGAAGGAGGGUUCUUUGUCCAGCCUUGACCCACGUCCGGGACCUUUUGGAGGGCUACCCCAGGGGUUAACCAGAGCAGAGGGUGGUCUGCCCUGUAGCUGCCUGUUUUGUGUGAAGAAUGAAAAAAGUUUUCACCCAAGGAAGCCUCAACGUUCACGCCCCUCCCUGGUCUGUGCUGUCCAGGGGGGGAGGCACGGAAGCCCUGGGGGCUCAGGGAAUUUUCUGUCUUCACCUCCUCGCGGCAGGACAGGCGGGACCCUUACUUGACGUCCCCACCUUGCGCCUGGGGUGGACCGGCAUGAUCGGGGGCUUUGCAAGUCCCAGGCGCUGCCUCCCCUCCCCAUCCAGAAGCACCACGUCCUCGACGGCGUGGCCUAAGGAAGUCGCGGAGCUGACCCCGGCACGACUGCCCGCCACAGCCCACGGGAAAGCCUCAGAAACCCUGGCGGGGGCAAGGAGGGGAGCAGGGAUCGGAAGUGAGCUCACACGGCGAGAAGGAGACGCAGGUGAACCUGCGCGGAGCCGACACGCCCGCGCGGCCGAGGACAGGGGUCUCGAGGCCGCGGUGGCCGCCACCAGGGGCUCGGGUUCACUGCCCCGUGCCUCUUCUCGCCUGAGAUCCACCCUCCGGGGACCCACAGGCCGCGGCCCAGCAAGGGUUAAGGGGGGCGGAGCGUGGGGCGGCCCCGCCUCCGCCGCCGCGCCGGGUCCGAGCGCGCACCGGGCGCGGGGGCGAGUCAGAGCGGGCGGCGGCGGAGGGCGCGGUGCGGCGGGCGAGAGCGGGGAGCGGCGGUGGCGGCGUGGCCCGCGUAACCUUCCGCCCGCGCCCGUGCGCCCGCGCCCGGCCCAGCUGCAGGAUGCACGCCCCGCCGCCGCCGUCGCCGCUGCUGCUCCUACUGCUCCUGCUGCUGGCCGCCUGCGCGCCGCCCCCCUGCGCCACGGGCGCCCCGACGCCCCCGGGCUGGGAGCCGGGGGCCGACGCGCCUUGGUGCCCCUACAAGGUGCUGCCUGAAGGCCCGGAGGCGGGCGGCGGGCGCUUGUGCUUCCGCAGCCCUGCGCGCGGCUUCAGCUGCCAGGCGCCCGGCUGCGCGGUGCACGCUUCUGCCGGCCACUUGCUACGCGCCAGCGUCCUGCGCAACCGCAGCGUGCUGCUGCAGUGGCGCCUGCCCCCGGCCCAGGCGCUCCGCGUGCGCGCCUUCGCGCUCAACUGCUCGUGGCGCGGCGCCUACACUCGCUUCCCGUGCGAGCGCGUGCUGCUCGGCGCCUCCUGCCGCGACUACCUGCUGCCCGACGUGCACGACGGCGUGCGCUACCGUUUGUGCCUGCAGCUGCUGCCUCUGCGCGCCGAGCACGCCGCCGCCGGCCCCCCGGAGUCCUCCGGGCCCACCGAAUGCGUGGAGUUCGCCGCGGAGCCCGCCGGCAUGCGAGAGAUCGUCGUGGCCAUGACGGCGGUGGGCGGCUCCAUCUGCGUCAUGCUCGUGGUCAUCUGCUUGCUCGUGGCCUACAUCACGGAGAACCUCAUGCACCCGGCCUUUGGGCGCCCGGGCCUGCGCCGGCAGCCCUGAAGCUGGAGGUGACCGCCCACCAGGGCUCUGUCUACCGACAAAUGCCAGGGAGGCCUCAGGCCCACUCUUGCCACCUGGUUCCUGCUCCCUCCUUAGGAUCGCCAUGCAGGGCCUGCUGGAGAUGGAGAGGGCACCGGCCCGCCCGCGCCAGGGCCAGGAGUCAUCGAACGACUUUGCCAGCCUGGCAUCCGCUUCCCAGAAUCCAGUUCGGAACUGCCCCUUGGGCCUGGGCACGGGUGCCAGCCGCAUCCAGGGCUCUUCCUGCUUCCCAGAAGCCUGUACAGGGGCCCUCAGGACACAGGACCCCUUCUAGCGAGAGCCAUUAGGACCCUGCCUGCCCGUCGCCACCCUGCAGCUGCAAUCCGUGCCAAGUGGGAAGAAUCGGGCUGUCCUCCUUGCUUGGUCACUGUGCGCUUUGCCGGCCCGAGGCCCCCUCGGAGCUUGCCCUCCCACCCCACCCCAGCGGGCUUAGGUUAGCUUUGUGCCUUAGUGUCUUGGGCCCACUGCAGGAGCCAGCCAUCUUGUCCCCUGAUGUCCUUGAGAUUGGUGGGCUGUGUGUCCUUCUGGCUAGAGUCCUCCUGGGGACCCCCCUUCACGCUUUGCAGGAACCUCUGUAAACAGCGCCCCCUAGUGUGUCCCUGCCUGGUGUCUGACGAGCUGGGAGCCAGGUGCAGUCCAGCAGGCCGGGCCGGCCGGCACCCAGCUGCUCGAGGCGUGAGUGUUCUCCGACCUUGGGGGAGGCUGGUGGGUCGGGGCUGGGUGCCUUCCCCGCUUCUCGUUUUGCAGCACUGCCCCCGAUGACGUGCUGUGACGAGCGGGGGGCAGACGGCUAGGAAGAGGGAGCCUGGUGGCGGCAGAGCCUUGCAUGGUGGUCUGGAUCCCAAGUUUCGCCCAGAGCACGACAGACAACACCCCCCUCUCCCGCCCUGUCCCAGGGACCGGGAGCCCAGGAUCGGCUGGCCAGGCCCCUGCCCACACAUCCACUGUGGACGGAAGGCGGACCCUGCUCCCCUCUGGGCGGACCUGAGCACCCUGGCUGAGGCUGCUUCCUGCGCUGACCGCCCGGCGACACCCAGUGCUCACUCUCCGUGAGCCCCCCGACUGUGAAUGCCCCGGACCUGGCAUUUCUGGAGUCACUGUGGUUAACCCCUGUGGCCCUCACCCUAGCGACCACCAGCAACCCCCGGCCCCGGCUGGUGCCCCUGCCUCCCUCUGUCUCCACCCUGCUCGCCCCUGGUGUGGCACCGCUCCGGUGUGAGCUGGGUGCCAGUGUCUACAAUGUCCAUUGUCCUUAGACGAAGA